UUUUUUUGCUAGGUUUAAUGUGUUAUUGUCUUCAUGCUGAUUUCUUUCAUUGCAGGUAUAAAUAUAACGCUGCAGGAAGGAUGCACUGAACAGACUACUCUAGAAUGUCUUCAAAAUCUCUUUGAGCAGAUCGAGAACAUCACAGUUCAAGAGCUUCCUGUGAAUACUGUGAUGGACAUUUUGAAUAUGGUCUUCAACACUUCAGAGAAGAUUUUAGAGUCAUUAUCUUCAGCAAGCCCAGCUGAACUAGCCUCCUAUGGAAACCGUGUGUUACAAACCAGUGAGAAACUCAUCUCUACAUUAGUGAAGCCGACAGACACAAAUGACAGUGUCAGUUUUACUCUCGCUGCUCUAGAGGUAGAAGUCUUCAUGGUUGGACCACAUGUCACCUUAAAGAAAAUCCCUCGACUUGAAACAACAAAUUCCUCUGUGGACAUCGAUCUCAUUGGAAUCGCCAAGAACAACAAUUUAACAAGAUCAGCUGCUGUGGGUUUCAUGAGCUAUGUCACGAUGGAGAAUCUACUGAAGCCAGACUUCUUCAACACAUCAAAUGACACAGUUAAAACCAUGAUGUCCACUGUGAUCUCAGUUACUCUUCCCAAAACCACCAACACUAAACUCACCAAACCAGUCAACUUCACCUUCAGACACAUCAGAGAGUUUGAUCCCAACGGUUCUCUGUCCUGCGUGUACUGGAAUAUCAGCGAGUGGAUUGUAGAUGGAUGUUCUGUUUUAGAGACCAACAGCAGCCACACUGUGUGUUCCUGUGUUCAUCUGUCCACAUUCGCUCUCAUCAUGCAAACCAGCCGCGCACCAGAGAGUGACUCUCAGCUGGAUCUGUUUAAUUUGGUGUGUGUGAUAGUGGGGCUGGUGUUCUUCAGUUUGGCCCUGUUGACCUUUGCCCUUUGUCAGUGGAGCCCUGGAGUGAAUAAUGUGGCUCGAAUCAACAUCUGCAUCAGUCUUCUGCUGGCUCACCUUCUGUUCCUGCUCACACAGCAGUUCCUGAAUCUCAUACGGCCUCAGCAGGUGUUGUGUGCAGUGAUCUCAGGCCUUCUGCACUUCCUCUUUCUCUCCGGCUUUGUGUGGAUGUUCAUUGAAGCUGUGCUGCUCUUCAUCUGUGUGAAGAACCUAUCAAAGAUCAGCUCCAAGAAGAGGGAGGUGCUUAGCAGUGGAUUCCUGUGUGUGAUUGGAUAUGUGGUUGCCCUGGUUGUGGUGUGUGUGUCUGUCGGUCUGGUUCCUGAAGGCUACGGCAGCGAACACUGCUGGAUUAAAACAGACAAAGGCUUCAUCUGGAGUUUUCUGGGACCUGUUUGCAUCAUACUUGCAUUAAACGUGAUACUCUUUAUCUGCAUCAUCAUCUGUCUGAACUUAUCUCUCACAAAACUGAACGCUGAUGUUUCGCAGUUGAAGACAAUGGCAUGUAAAACUCUGGGUCAGUUUGUGGUUCUUGGUUGCCCCUGGAUUCUGGGUGUCUUUACUAAUAACAGUAAAGUGUUGGAGGUCAUCUUCGUGAUCUUGAACUCCCAGCAGGGAACCUUCAUCUUCCUGAUCUACUGUGUCCUCAAUAAUGAGGUCAGGCAGCAGUACAGGAAGCUCUUCAGACGACUUUUCUGUGGACACAAAAAACACUGAGAACUACAGCAUUGUGUUCAGGAAAUGAGUGAAGUGCCAUUAUUAUAAAAGUGAUUCAUCAUUAUUCAGAUGUUAUUUUAGUCUCAAAUAUAAAUUUCACUACUUUUUUUUUCUUUUUCAUUUUACAAGUGUCAAUUCUCUGAUAUUAACCUAUAAAAUGAUCCAUACUUAAUGUUUUGGUGAAAGGUCUAUUAUUAUUGUUUUAGAGCCCUGAAUAAUAUUAUAGCAAGUUAAAGAAUGUGAUGUUUUUAUUAUUGAAAAAAAAAAAUUGUAAGUGUAACCGUUUUUCUUAUUUUCUGUUAAGCAAUCAAUUUAUACCCUUUAUUUUUUUUAAAAAUCUUGCACCACAGUAUCACACGAAACCAAGUUCAGCUACUGCCUUUAUGCAAAAGAUUUAAAAGAGAAAAUGAGAAGAGUUAAUAGAAUAGAAAUAGUUAAUAGAAAAAAAAAAACACUGGGUGUCCCACAUACAGUUUAAUAUCAACAAUGUGAAGCAACAAAUUCAGUUUCACAGAGACAAACGUCAAAACAAUUCAUAACAUCAGUUAAGUAAACAGAAAAACAGUUCAAUGUCUGACAUGACUCUUCCUUUUUACUUUUAUAAAAAAAAAAAAAAA